AUCACCUCACCUCUCAAGACAGCCAUAUUCCCACUUCCCCUCACCCCCUAGAUUGCCCCUUGACACCAUGGCUCCGAGCUUCCCUCCCGACACUGCUGGCCCGGAUGCAGCCCGCGCCUACAUUACGCGCACACUCAUCAGGAAAUACGAUGCAACCCCCGAACUUGCAGAGAAAUUGGCCACCUGUUGGCAACUAGGCCGGGUGUCGGAGCUCCGUGCGGCAUCACUGAAGCAUCUGCAAGGUGACUUUGGAAAUGAUGCUGGCUUGUGUCUGCACCGCGCUAUUCGGGAAGAUAUUAUUGGAGACUGGCAGGAAACACCAACGGCAGCAUUCACAAUCUGGCUCGCCUCCACCGCCACCGUGAUUCAUACAAUCGUUCUCGUUUUGUUCUUCUUGCCCGAAUUGAGAUUCCAGUCUCCUUGCCAGCGGAUUCUGUUGGCGAGGUCGCCUGCGUCGUGGUUGUUCUUCGCUGCCGGCAUGUUGAACUAUGCCUAUCAAAGACUAUACCAUGAAGAUGCGAUCUCGGUGCCGGUAGCGGCUGCGGCCGGGGCUAUUAGUCUGGCAGUGGGAGUGAGCAUGUUUUGGUAAUGAAAGCAUACUCUCAUUCCAUAAUGACCUUCCCUUUUGAACAUACUAGGCUACGAUGAGAGUCGCCGAGUUGGAUUGAAAGUUUGGGGCAUUAGCAUCACCUCGAUCCAGGAACAGUUGGAGGCAUGCCGUUACGCACUAUAUACCCAUGUACAUUUCGUGAACGAACUACUGGAUGCUCCAUAUAUCACUGAACUAACUGCCUGGGAUUAUCAAAAAGUCUAAGUCUAAAAGGUUAGUUGAUAAAUUCUGCCUACCAUGUCAUCCCAACUGUCAAUUCUGAGCGGGAGUUACCCGGACAUCUCUUCAUCAACAUCCUCUCCGAUAAUACGUAUUUUUAAACUUCUAUUG